AUGUUUGGUUAUUUCAUGACAGUUAUAUUGUAUGUUUCUAUUUAUUUCCAAGUCAUACAUGGGGCUGGUGCAUGGCAAUCAGGUGUGCAAUUGCUAGCUCUUAUUAUUCCGGUUGUGAUUAGUUCUCUUGCUGGUGGAGGAUUAAUGUACGGAUCAGGAUAUGUAAAGCCGUUUUCGGUUGCUGCUGGUAUAUUGGGACCUAUUGGUUGUGGUUUACUUACUUUAUUGGACGUUUAUUCUCCAAGUUCUCAAAAAAUAGGGUUAUUAAUUGUUGUUGGUGUUUCAUGCGGUUUUCAAAUGCAAGCAGUUCUCAUUUUGCUGCAAUUAGCUGCCCCAAAAACUCCAGGUGGCACCAUUCUUUCAACUACAUUUGCUUCGUUUUGCAAAAGUCUUGGAGGUACUAUUGGAGCUGAUUUGGCAGAUGCAGUUUAUUCUUCAACCUUUAAAUCUGUUUAUAAGAAAGCAAUAGCCCAUCAGACUAAUCCAGAUAUUUUAUCAGAAUUGAAAAACAUUGAUGCUGGAGUCUUGGUCGAUUCUACUGAACUAAUUCAAAAACUUUCUCCAGUGACGCAACAUUUUGUUAAAGUACAAUGCAUGCAUGCUAUCCGAAAUGUAUACUACAUGGCUAUCGGUUUUUCUGUUUUAGCAUUUAUUAGUUGCUUAUUUACGACUAACAAGAAAUUACCAAAAGAAAGUAGCGGCGCUCAGGGUGCAGAGGAAGAGGAAUAUAAAGAAGAUAUCCAAUAA